GGGAGCGAGGGAGGGAGGGAGAGGGGCGGGGAUAGAGGACCAGGAUGACUGGAGUCUUUGACAGCCUUGUUUCAGAUAUGCAUUCAAACCAGAUUACCUCCAGCAGUUACCAGCAGCAGCAGCAGCACCACAGCUUGCAUAAGCCCCAGGAAUCUCCCACUCUGCCUGUGUCCACGGCCACGGACAGCAGCUACUACACCAACCAACAACAGCACGGUGGUGGAGGUGGUGGAGGGAGCAACGGAAGCAGUGGGUCGCCCUACACUCAGAUGGGCUCUUACCAGUAUCACCCCAGCAGCAUCAGCGCAGUGCCCUACUCCACCAAAGCCGGGAGUUAUGAUCUGGGAUACUCCGCCUCUUACAGCUCCUAUGCAACCUACGGGACAAGGACGCCCCCAGUCAACAAUGACCCUGAAAAAGAAGAGGGCGAGCCCGAGAUCCGGAUAGUUAACGGGAAGCCAAAGAAAGUGCGAAAGCCAAGGACCAUCUAUUCCAGUUUUCAGUUGGCAGCCUUACAGCGACGCUUCCAGAAGACCCAGUAUCUGGCGCUGCCUGAGAGAGCUGAGUUGGCAGCUUCACUAGGCCUCACCCAAACUCAGGUGAAGAUCUGGUUCCAGAACCGCAGGUCCAAGUUCAAGAAGAUGUGGAAAAGUGGCGAAAUCCCAGGAGACCAGCAACGUGGCGGCAGCUCCUCUCCACCUUGUGCCUCGCCUCCGGCUCCAGCCACCCUCACCUGGGACUUUGCUCCCCACCCGCAGCGAAUGAGCAACGGCGGCACCGCAGGCAGCGGGGGCAGUGCCGGCUCGAGCCCUGGCACGCCCAGCGGAGCGGCGGCCACUUUCCUGGGUAACUACUCGUGGUACCACCAGGCAUCCAGUGCCACAGCUUCUCACCUGCCAGGAGCCUCCCCGAUCCUGCAGCAAGGGCAGUCUCACCAGCAUCACCCUCAUCUCCACCAUCCCCAUCACCACAGCACGGCUGUCAGCGUGGGGACGAUUUUCUAACCCCACUGCCUGGCCGCACACCCAAUUCUGCUCUCCAAGGGAUCAUCCAGGGUAGAGAAGGAAGGCUUUUCUGUUCCGGUGGGCAAGGGUGUAUUCCCCUGGUGCUUUAGGAAAUAGUCCACAAUUCCUUCCCCACCCCAAAGUAUCUCAGCAGCAGCAGCAGCACCCGACUUGGUGGUGCCAAGCAGGAGGAGCGCUCAAAACUUCAGCGAUAAUCCCUGAAGUUUCAGACUGAAUCAGAAUCCAGUUCCCUUCCCCCCAAACCUCUGCCCAGAAUGCCCCUUGCUGGCAACUCCAGAAUCGCUGGCAACAUCCUUAUUGACAAGCGCAAAAUCCGGGCAAAGCUGUGGUCACACCCUUGGUCGAAAGCUCUCAACGAUUGUUAGUUUGUCUCCUUCAGGGUUCUCUGUCCACCCACCCCACCCCAUCGCCUCAACCUAAUCUUUUAUACCCGUCCUUUUUCCACCAGCUUUACCUUCUCCCUACCCGCCUAGCCUGCAGCA